AGUUUGCCUUCAUGGUCAUCUACACUGCGUACGGCCCUAAAUACUAGUACGCCGUAGUACUACGCGCAUGCAUGCACGCACACUAGCAUACACUUCUAUACACAAGAAAUCACUUGACACUGCCAAUGCGUGGCAGCCAGUAUCACCUGGCAGGCGCUACUUCACAGAAAUACUAAAUGGGCAACACGAAUUAAUCUACUGCCACAACACCUGUCAGUGGGGAUUCCUAGACACUCCAUUGGGAAUGCCCAAGCCUGAGCCUUGCCAGUCGACGUUUCUGCAUUGUUGUGAGUGUUGCCGCCUUUGGCGACUCUUAAGUAAAACAUGGAAGCAAAUAGUGUCUAUGACCUAACAAAUACAAACAUCCAUUCUCCUUGUGAGGUCCUAAGUGUUUCACAAGAGACUUCACAGCAGUAAUUUACAGGUCAUGCGCAG